AUGCCUUGGGAUGAACGCUGGUCCCCCUUUGCUUUUGCGAAUGCUUUUGCGAAUGGGCCCGGGGGGGACAGUGGAGACCGGCCCCCUCCAACUAUCCCACAAGGACUCUCACCUUUGGCCCUACCCCUCGACCUCGCCAAAAUGAAGAUCCUGUUUCUCUGCACGGCGCACAACUCCCUCUCUCAGCGCCUCUUCCUCGUACUCUCAGAAGUUCACUCGGUCACUGUCGAAUAUGCCCUGUCCGAGCUUGUGAUGAUUGAGGCUGCCAAUCUGGCCAAGCCCGACUUGAUCAUCUGCCCCUUUCUCACCUCUCGCGUACCCCGCGAGAUCUACAACGAGUACCUGACGCUCAUCAUCCAUCCCGGGCCGCCCGGAGAUGCCGGGCCCAGUGCGCUCGACUGGGUCCUCAUGGGCGAUGACGGCUCGGAGCCGGACCCGCAGAAGCUCCUCCAGUCGACGUCGCUGAGUCGAGACGGACGCUCCCAUUGGGGCGUCACCGUGCUUCAGGCGGUGGAAGAGUUUGAUGCGGGGCCCGUCUGGGCGUUUGAGCAGUUCCCUCUGGACAUUGACGCCCCGGACGUCACCAAAUCCGGCCUCUAUCGUGGCGCCGUCGCUCGGGCUGCCGUGACGGCUACUCUGGCCGCGUUGAACCGCAUCAUGGCGGCCGCAGCGUCCGGCCAUGUGGGCGUCGUCCACACGCCGCCUCCCUCACCAGAUUACGGAGUCGCAGAGACGAUGCGACUACAGCGCCACUUGGCCGAAGCCUCGCCUCGGGCUUCCUCUCCGGCCGCCGAGGCUGCCCGUCCCACCCUUUCGCCUCAUCUUCUCCCACAGCCCGCGUACGGCGUCCUCUCUGUCACUCUGCGGACGCCUUUCCUCGGCGGCGAGACGCGGCGUCGGCCCUUACUCCAAGCAGCGCAGCGCGACUUUGACGUAGGCAUCCACACGGCGCGUGAAAUCUCGCGCAGGAUCCGAUGCGCCGAUUCGCAGCCGGGCUGUCUCACGCCCCUCUUCGGCAUGAAACUGUACGUCUACGGCGGCCUCGUCGAGAGCGACCCCGACCUGGUCUCCCGUCAGCCGUUCGGGCCGGGCUCCGUCGUGGCGUGUCGGGAAGACAGCGCGGUGUGCGUGGCGACGUGGGACGGCAGGGCCGUCUGGAUCACCCACAUCCGGCGCGUCAAGCGCAAAGCCGACGCCGCGCUGUGGCCCAAGGUCCCCGCCGUCUCGGGUCUCCGCGCCCUGGGCCUCCUGGACGACGCAACGCUCUCGCACCUCCGCGUGCCGCGCGCGACGCCCGACUUUGCCAAGGCGCCGUCCCCGACGUUCCAGGAAGUCUGGGUCGACGUUGCGCAUGUCCCGGGCGGCCGCCGCGUCGCGUUUGUGCAUUUCGAAUUCUACAACGGUGCCAUGAGCGCGGCGCAGUGCGGCCACUUGCUCGAGGCGCUGCGCCACGUCGUCGCCUCGCGCCGUACGGACGGGGAGGAGGAUGCGGGACGAGCAGCCGGCCGCCUGGCCGCGGUGGUGCUCAUGGGCGGCAAGUCGUACUUUAGCAACGGCAUCGCCCUCAACGUCAUCGAAGCGAGCGCGGCCGGCCCGGCCGCCGAGUCGUGGCGCAACAUCAACCGCAUCGACGACGUGGUGCAGUUCCUCCUCGACGACCUCCCCCGGCGCGGCGUCCUCACGGUGGCGGCCAUCCGCGGGAACUGCGCCGCGGGAGGCGUGGCGCUCGCGGCGGCGUGUGAUGUGGUCGUCGCGGCCAAGGAGGCGGUCCUCAACCCGGCGUACCGCGCGCUGGGGCUGCAUGGGUCGGAGUUCCAUUCGCUGUCGUAUACGGGGAGGUGUGGGGUCGCUGGGGCGAAGAGGCUCUUGCGGGGCAUGACGCCGCUUUCGGCUGCCGAGGCGAGGCGGGUUGGGCUUGUGGAUCAUGUCGUCCCCGGGAUGGCGGGGGAGACGGUGGAUGCGGCGGUGCGGAACUGGGUGCGCGGGUUGUUGCGGGAUCCUGGCUAUGUUUACGCCCCCGGGACGUGGAAGAGGCAUCCGAAUGUGGAUGUUAGCGCGGCGGGGUUGGCGGCGGCCAGGGCGGAGGAGUUGGGGGAGAUGGCGAAGGAUUUUUGGAGCGCGAGGUCGGUGCGCUACCACGUCCGGAGGCGGGAUUUCGUGAGGAAGGUCAAGGCUUGCAGGACGCCGUUGCGGUUUGCCGUCCAUAGGCGGUCAGGGGGCAUGUUGGAUGAGGAGGAAAGGGACGAGUUUGAUGAUGUCGGGGCUUUCGAGCAGAGGGCGCUGGAGGCUGGUGUCCAGGAGAGGGUGAAGAGACUGCUGGCGGAAGUGGAACGGAAGGAACAUGAAGCUUCUAGGGCAGAUGCUGUGGUUCCGACCCAGUGCACUAGCAAGGGGGCAGGAUUGGCGGACUCUCGAGACAUGGGACCGAUUAACUGUUUGAUGGAUACGUGGGAGAGCGGACGGGAUCCCGAGUUUUCCAGCAUCGCGUAUCUGGCCAUCCAACCCGAGCCAAGAACGUCCUUGACGCUGCAACGUUGCUCCGGUCCGUACGCCAGCAUCGGCCGCAACGUGGCAAGUAGAGCCUCCUUCUCGGCCGAAUCCAUGGUCUGCAUUUCAUAUCUCCUGCCCGAUGUGAAGGGCAAGGAAAGCCGCAAGCUGGAGCUGGAGCAGCUGGGAGGAGAGACAACGGAGGAAGAACACCUUGACAGCUCCGCGCAGCCAAAUCCAGCGUUCUCAUCUGGUGGUGACCACGGCCUGGUCUGCGUAGACGAUCUAACGAAUCAGAUUCUCAGCCUGAGGUUCUCCGGCAUCAAGCUGAUUGAAAUUUGUAAUUACACUUCCGGUGUUCUCUCCGAAUAG